CUUUACGUUGGUUGCCAACCGCCGUUAAACACAAAGAAGAAGAAGAGGACAAGGGGGCGGAGAAAAUGUGUGUGUAGUAGAGGAGUCGAGCUGAGAGAGCUGCUUUUUCAUGAAACAGGACUAAAGUAGUGAACUUACAGGAACAUAUACCACUACCAACGUUUGGAUCGAUAUCUGCAUCGAUCUGCACACCCUUGUCUCCUGGAUCGUAGCUGAGAUCAGCGUGAACCACGAGGGUCUCUGCUCCCUGAUCUGUUUCCUGUUUGCAAAGACUUCCAGCUUCAUCACGGAGUUUCUCUCGGUUUGUGGGCUCAUCUAAAGGGGUGCAACGAUACACAAAAUUCACGGUUCGGUUCGGUUCGAUACUUUGGUGUCACGCUGAGUAACAGGAAUCUGGUGGAGCAGCAGAGGAACAAUUUUGGACUCAGCUCAACCACUACAGAGGAAACAAUGACUUCAACACAGAAGGACCAACAUGGAGCGAGAAGUCAGCGCUCUCAGGAGGCCGACAAACGUCACAGAAGACAGGGAGAGAAAACCUACAGCUGUGAUGAGUGUGGGAAGGAUUUUACCCAUGCUGGACACUUAAAAACUCACCAACUCUUCCACAGUGAUGUUAAAGCUUACAGCUGUGAUGAGUGUGGGAAGGAUUUUACCCAGGCUGGAGACUUAAAAAGACACCAACUCAUCCACAGUGGAGUUAAACCUUACAGCUGUGAUGAGUGUGGGAAGUCCUUUACCCGGGCUGGAUGCUUAAAAAGACACCAACUCUUCCACAGUGUAGUUAAAGCGUACAGCUGUGAUUUGUGUGGAAAGUCUUUUACCGAGGCUGGAGGUUUAAAAACACACCAACUCAUCCACAGUGGAUUUAAACCUUACAGCUGUGAUUUGUGUGGAAAGUCCUUUACCCAGGCUGCACACUUAAAAAGACACCAACUCAUCCACAGUGGAUUUAAACCUUACAGCUGUGAUUUGUGUGGAAAGUCUUUUACCCAGGCUGGAGGUUUAAAAACACACCAACUCUUCCACAGUGGAGUUAAACCUUACAGCUGUGAUUUGUGUGGAAAGUCUUUUACCCAGGCUGGAAGUUUAAAAAAACACCAACUCAUCCACAGUGGAGUUAAAGCGUACAGCUGUGAUUUGUGUGGAAAGUCUUUUACCCAGGCUGGAUGUUUAAAAACACACCAACUCAUCCACAGUGGAGUUAAAGCGUACAGCUGUGAUUUGUGUGGAAAGUCUUUUACCGAGGCUGGAAGUUUAAAAACACACCAACUCAUCCACAGUGGAGUAAAACCUUACACCUGUGAUUUGUGUGGAAAGUCUUUUACCCAGGCUGGACACUUAAAAAAACACCAGCUCAUCCACAGCAGAUUUAAAGCACACAGCUGUGAGUUGUGUGGUAAGGCUUUUGUUCAAAAUGGCGACUUACAGAAGCAUCUAGUUACCCACUCUGGAAUUAAGGCGUACAGCUGCGACUUUUGUGGAAAAAGUUUCAGCGACAAACACUACCGAAAUAGUCACUUACGGAUUCACAAUGGAAAUGAUGUUUAUUGCUGUGAUCAGUGUGGGAAACUGUUUGCAACAGAUGCACAUUUACGACGACACAUGUUUAGCCACACUGAGGAGAGACCUUAUAAAUGUGACCUGUGUGAGAAGACUUUUAAAUAUCCACAUCAGCUGAAAAAACACCAACAGAUCCACACCAGAAAGUAACUCUACAAGUGCAGUUACUGUGAGGAUGUAUUUAUUUUUAUCUUGUAAUUGUAACCUGACUGUUUUGAACUAGUCUGAUCAGUAAACUUAUGGAGUUAUACUGAAUGAACUGUUUGGAAAAAUGAAGAAGUAACCUGAGUUCUAAACAGUAAAAUUUAAUUGGAUGUUGGCAGAGAUGCUUUUUCUUUCAGGAUAAAAAUGUUGAAGGAAUUCCCUGACUUACACUGUCUUUGUUUAGAAGUGGAGCGACGCAGAUGGAUCCAUUUCUCAACCCUGUCAUCACUGUGGUGGUGGGAAAGAGUAUCUCUGUGAUCUUUGUGUAAAAACUUCAAUCAUCAACAGGACCUAAAACCACAUCAACGUAGACACACUGGAGACAAAAUGAACUACUGCAAAGAAUGUGGGAAAGGCUUCCACACACCAAGUACAUUAAAAAUACAUGAACUCUUCCACAGUGGGGUCAAAAAGCACAUCUGUGACCAGUGUGGGUCAUCCUUCACCACGUGAGCUUAAUGAAAAAGCAUAAGGGAAUCCACACAGGAGAGACACCAUACAAGUGCAGACACUGUGACGAAAGCUUCUCACAAUCAGGUCAUUGUAACAAACAUGAACGUUCACACAUGGAAGUGAACUUCAGCUGUGAGCAGUGUGACAAGAGCUUCAGGAAUGUCAGUUCAUACUCCGAACACAAACGAUUCCACGCUGUAAAUAAACUGUUUUACUGUUACCAAUGUGCAAAAACAUUCACUUCAUUAUCUGCUCUGUGCAAACAUCAGCCUGAUCAUGCAGGACUGAAAUCACUGGAUCACAAUGAAUCUGAAGAGAGAGAAAGAUCCUCUUCUGGUUUCAGGUCAGACUUAAAAACCUUGAGAUCAGGCUCCACAGAGUUCAGAUGGAAUCUCCUGUAAAGAGUGUCAGCUGAUGUCACACUUGGAUGUGAUGAGGUAGCUCUGAUUUCUGGAGCUGCAGUGAAUAAUCUUGAAUGUUACAUUUAGGAAGCUGCAUGUAUAGAUAUGCAUAUCAAGUUUAUGUUUUUUUCCUUUGAGGGAUUAAAUGUUAUCCUCUAAAAUGUUAUCCUUGUUACAUUUUGAUCUUUGUUCCCUUAGGACACAGUAGUGUUUAGUAGUUGUACUUGUUACUGUAUUAUUAAAGUUAUAGGAAUGUCUGUUUUUUUACCAAACUAAUAAUGUAUCAGAAUUGCAGAUAUGGAUAUAUAUUUCAAUUUCUUUCAUUUGAACUUUCUUAGUGUUUCCAAAAUUAACUUUUUUUAUGUAUUCAUUUAAUGUGUUACCUCACUUAAAUUUCAAUUUUUCAUUCAUAUUUAAACUUUUGCUGUUGUAAAAUCUUCUCUUAAAUCAUUUUCUCCCAAUACUGCAAAUAAUUUCACAGCAGUUGCACCUGCUGUGACUUUAUGUCCAGAAAAAAUAAACUCAAGCUAAAUUGGUUUUGGGCUGUACUUCCAUGUAAUACCAGUUUGUACCAGAAGAUCAACCAGUGAGUCAGUGUAACCUUUGUUCAAUUAGGCAAAGAACACAAUCUUAUUCACAGUGGCAGCAAAGAAAUGUUGAAAGUUAAAAACAGCAGCACACAUCAGGACCAUUUUAAAGAUCACAGGUGACUUUUACUUAAUUCAAAUUCUGUUAAACCUCUAUUUUUUGCUCCUCCUUUCACUUUAGUGUAUUUAGUCCUUGAAGUCCACAUGUUGUUUUUUAAUGGAUUUUGAUCCACAUGUUUGCAGCUGUUUUCUUGUUAAUUUGAAGUUUGUAUUAUGAAAUCCUGAUAAUGUUAAAGUGUUAGUUAUAUUUGAUGAAGUCUGCGUAGAGUUUAUCUUAUUAAACAGUUUGGUGUGAAAAAUAGAGAAAUGGUCUCAGAACAAGUAGUUUGAGCCAUGAUUUCAGAUUCAAACUAAUUUAACUGUUUUCAGUGGUACAUGUGGAGGUUUAUCAGAGGAGGAGACUUGGCUGUUCUCCACUCACACUGAACAAGGA